AAUUGGUGUAUUAUAAAUUGAUUGUUGUUUUAUUUUUUUCAUAUUUUCCAAUUAAGUGUAGACUGAAAAUUGGAUUUGACGGGGAAGGUGAAGUUGGUGGCGGCAAGACUUUGGGGGAGAGAGAGAGAGAGCGAGCGAUGGCGAUGAAACCACUUGUGAACGCGUUUUCAUUGUUGGAGCUCGACGCUGAAGACGAUCAAAUUCCCGCUCUUUCUACUUCCUCCAAAGAUGACGCUACUGUUUCUUACCCUUCACCAACAGGAAAAAGAAAGAAGGAAGUUAAUAUAUCUGGUGAUAUUCUGACGGGAGAAAGACAGAAACAAGGUCAACCAAAUGCAGUUGCAGAAGACUACAAGUUUCCUCUUGUUUGGAUUGACUUGGAAAUGACUGGUUUAAAUGUUGAAACAGAUAGAAUACUGGAGAUAGCUUGUAUUAUUACCAAUGGCAACCUGACCAAAUUGGUUGAGGGUCCUGAUUUAGUGAUUCACCAAUCAAAAGAAUGUCUAGAUAAAAUGGGAGAAUGGUGUCAAAGUCAUCAUGCAGCCAGUGGAUUGACAAAAAAAGUACUGCGAAGUACAAUUAGUGAACGAGAAGCUGAAAAACAGGUUAUACAAUUUGUGAAGAAACAUGUUUGUACCGAUAAACUACACUUGGCUGGAAAUUCAGUUUAUAUGGAUUUUAUUUUUUUGAAGAAAUACAUGCCAGAUUUGGCUGGACUUUUUUCGCAUGUGCUCGUCGAUGUCAGUAGUAUAAAGACUCUUUGCGAUCGCUGGUAUCCAAGAGAUCGGAAGAAAGCCCCGCCAAAAGAGAAUAAACACAGGGCUAUGGAUGAUAUCAGAGAAAGCAUAAUGGAACUCAAAUAUUACAAGGAAAAUAUAUUUAAGAAUUCAAAAAAGUGAUGCAAGAGGAAGCACCAUAACCAGAAGAUUGCAUGCUUGAACGGUACGGAGAUUUUACUUUAAAUUUCACGUCUAUCAUUCAUCUCCUAAUUCAAUUGUGUAUAAUGUACUACUAUCUUCUGUUAUCGUGGAUGUUCUGCUGUUAAGUGGUGGUUGGAUAGACUUUUACAUCUUACCACUUUGUAAAGUUUAACUCUUUAAGGUGCGUAUAAAUUUAAUUGAUGAAAUAUUUAUUUAUAUCUUAUCUGAAAGUUCUUUAGCUGAAA